AUGGGGUCUCAGCAUGAUUCUUCGCAACAGCUCCGUUCGAUUCGCACCAAUCUAACCCAGUCCGACUCGGCGCCACCACUGACUACCUCCUCGAUCCAUCAUUUCCAACACCACCCCUCACGGACUGCCAACAGCACACCCGUGUCUUCCCCGGGCCUUUUAGCCCUACUAAUCCACGACCGAAUAACGGACAUCAUCUCUAUUCUGCCUCAGAGGACGCAUAAGGCCAACAUCGACUCCGAUACCACCACCGGCCGGAAACUCAUUAACCAGUAUGAGGUUAUAGAAGAGAUCGGCCGUGGCAUGCAUGGCAAAGUCAAGCUUGCUCGCAAUAUUCAAUCAGGCGACAAUGUGGCAAUUAAGAUUAUUCCCCGGUUCUCCAAGAAGAGGCGUCUUGGCAAAGUCAUGGCCGCAAUGUCGCAACAAGAUAAGACGAAACGGGAGAUUGCCAUCUUGAAGAAGAUCCGCCAUCCUAAUGUCGUUGCCCUUCUCGAGAUUAUCGAUGACCCCGAACUCCGCAAAAUUUACAUGGUUCUAGAGCACGUGGAACUUGGCGAAAUCGUCUGGAGGAAGAAGGGCUUGCCCCACAUCUGCCAACUUGAAAGGCGCCGUGUCGAGCGCGAAAUGAGAGGUGACCAGAUCUCACCUGAGGAGGAGAAAUACAACGAGAUUCUGGAGCGCCGUCAAGCCCUCAAGGAACUCAAGAGGCAAAAGAUGUCUCAGGCCUAUACCGGGACUCACGAGCACUGGAGUAUUGAGCACGGUGCCGGAGACGAGUCCCAGCCUGGCUCUCGUAUCAACUCACACCGGGAACUGGCGUUUAUGGAGCGAGCGGGGACAUCGAUGCCGAGCUCGCUUUACCACUCGCGCAACAGCUCCAGAGUUCCCUCACGGUCGCAAUCAGUCAAGUCGAUGGGGCCUUAUAGCCCUGCCGCCUUCCCCAUGGAUUCGGCGAUCCACGACGAAACCGAUGACGACGCGAACGAUACCCAGCCCCUCUCCAACUCGACUUCGUCCGUUAUGCUUGAUGGCACCAUGUAUGGUGCUUACACGGGCGAAGAACCCAUCGACCACCGUGCUAGGUCUCCCAGCAUGGCCGACUCAAUAAUUUCGCACAUGUCUUCCCUCGACUUCAACCAGCAGCCUCACGACCCCUUUGUCGACGACUACUCGUAUGUUCCCUGCUUCACCAUCGACCAGGCCAGGCGGACGUUCAGGGAUACCGUUCUAGGGCUGGAAUAUCUGCACUACCAAGGUGUUGUCCACCGUGACAUCAAGCCCGCGAAUUUGUUAUGGACAAGGGACCACCGCGUGAAGAUUUCGGAUUUUGGUGUCUCGUAUUUCGGCCGCCCCAUUAGAGAUGGCGAGCCUGACGAGACCGUAUCCGAAUCCGAAGCGAAGGAUUUCGACGAUGAUCUAGAACUCGCCAAGACUGUUGGCACUCCAGCCUUCUUCGCCCCUGAGCUUUGUUAUACAGAUCCCGAUAAGGCACAACCCAAGGUGUCGGAGCAGAUUGAUGUUUGGUCCCUCGGCGUCACCCUCUACUGCCUAAUCUACGCCCGCAUACCCUUCCUCGCAGAAGAUGAGUUUCAAAUGUUUCGGAAGAUAGCCAACGACAGUGUUUACAUCCCUCGUCGCCGCCUCCUACCCGUCGACCCGUCAACCUCCCCGAAUGUAACAUCGCUUUAUGGAAGGCAGAAUAGUCACCCGUACAGGGAUGACAACGAGCUUCUUCACGAAGACGUUGGUGACUUGCUUGAGGACCUCCUGCGACGCAUGCUCACCAAGGACCCUGAAAAACGUAUCCGACUUCGGGAGAUCAAGCGCCACCCUUGGGUGGUAGAAGGGAUUCCCGACUUGAUGAACUGGCUAGACGAGACCGACCCAGCGAAACCGUCAUUCGGCCGUAAGAUUCAAGUUAACGAGAACGAAAUGUCUGAUGCCGUUGUCCCUCUUACUCUCUUCCAGCGGGCUAGAUCUGUGAUGCGCAAGACGGUUGCGAAGGUUGUCGGGCCCUUACGUAGCCAGCUCUUCGGGGGAUGCCUUGGCCUCGGUGCCGUCUACCCCUUAUGCUUCUGGGAAUGGUCGUCAUCCCCCAUCGCAUCAUCAGGAUUACCUGUCAAGUUCCCCCGCAUUCACUCGACGGCCGUUGGCAGUCAUCCGGUUACUCCCCAGGACCCCUCCAACUAUGACCCGCUGGCCACAAUUUUAGGGCCCGACCCGUCGUACUUGUCCACUAUUCCUGACAAUGCUGCCAUCUCGGAUGCCGACCAGCAAGACGAUAACCGCACUACCCGGGGCGUGGAUCCCGCUUCCGUUACCGGGUCCCCGCGCGCUCGUUCCGUUGACGCGUUUGAGGCGGCGGCUGCUGUCCCCAGGCGGGAAUCCCUCUUAACCCAGCAGCUACGGCCAUUGGGUUACAUCAGUGUGCCGGCUCAGCCAGGCUCGCCUCUCCCGUCACCUCUCCCGUCGCCGAUGCUUUUCUCGUCCAGCGCCGUGCAUGGCUACCAGCAUCAUCAGCAUUCCAACUCGGAGCCCAAUAUUGUUGAGAAGCGACGCUCAAUGGACUCUCACGAACGGCCCUCUACUGCUCGACGUCUACUCACCGCAAUUCAUAGGCGAUCUUCGGAUUUCUACGAGACGGGUACAUCCGUCAAGGCUCAAACUCGAGAAUUUCAUCCUCUGGAGGCAUCGACAGCGAACUAUCAUCACGAACCCGAUGUCUUGGUCGACACUGAGCCUCGGGCCGCAGCCGAGGAAGUAGCCCAUGAUAGGCCUCCCUCGGCCGCAACCGAGAAGGAACUAGCUGAAUCCUCUGGCAUGUCCUCUACAUCUAUGGAUGUUUCUGUGUCAUCAGUUUCCAGCCCCGACGAGCAGCUGAGCAUUGCACCUUGCACCAAGGCCGCCGAUCCCGCCAAUAUCUCUAGUGACCGGAUACUGGCCUUCCAGUCAGAUCCCUCGUUGCCGGCGCUCCUUAGCGGUGCAAGCUCCGUAUCUGCAGAUAUGGAAGCUGAGCUUCUCGGUCGACCUGGCGUUGUCAGCGCCAACCCUAAUCUCUUGGAGACUACCGACUCUCUCACACCGCCCGCGAUCGGGAAGGAGCCAGCGGCUGGAUUCCCCUUGGAGAUGGCUUUGGGGUCAUCUCGCUCAGCUGAUAGUGGCAUCAUUCCCGUAUCCGUGGUCCCGGAUACAAUGGGGACAUCUACCAGUGACGUGGGGUACAGAGCACCGGCCCGACAUCAAAGCGAUCGCGAGGAUAACGAUGAUGAUGACGACAGCGACAGCGACGAAGGCUUAACCAUGGUGAGCAAGCGACGGAAGCCUUGCAUACAACCUGCUCGUAGCCGACACACAUCUAUGUCAAAGAGACAUGAUGCGAACACGAGCUCGAUGAGCGUGGAUGCGACCCCUCCUGCCGAGAAUGCAUGA